AUCAGGGAUUAUAUAUAUGAGGGAAUAUAUCAGGCUGCUUUCACUGAAACAGUAAUGAAGCUGGCUUUGCGUGUUGUCGCUGCUGCUUUUGCUCGCUCUAGGACUCUUUCCCAGACCUGCUCGAUGGAGUUGGGUUUCUGUGAGAUCAAUGUCAUCAGCCCUCACCUCUCCAACCCCAGACACACUCCUCUCCUCCCAUCCUCUGCCUAAACUCGCCCAUUUCUCUCAAGUGGCUUCGGGGAAGUGAUGAGGGGGUGAGUGUUAGAUGGGGGCGGAAAGUUUGGGUUCUGCUCGCGUCGUGUCUGGCCAAUAAUGUGCAGAGAGCAGCCGUGAACAUCAUUUAAAAAGGAGACAGUCGGGCGCUGCUGCGAUUCCUAUUAAACCCCCAUCAGUGCGUGUGCGCGCGCGAGUGCGUGUGUGUGCGUGCGUGCGUGCGUCCGUGCGUGAGCGUGUGUCUGCGCGUGAGCGUGUGUAUGUGUGUGUGUGUGUCUAUGGCAUCGGUAUGAGCUCUGUACACUCUCUCCAGCACACUUGAUCAUCUCUGAUCCACACAUUCGGCACUGGAUUUUCUCCGGAAAGAAGGAUUGAUCACAAAGGUCUGAUUGCCUUUUUCUUCAGACAUCUCGACAUAACUGCACUCAUUAAAGCUCUGAGCUCUGACAGGAUGAUGAGAUUGGUGCAGCUCACGUGCGCAGUGCUCUUGCUGUCGGUUCUUGUGUCCUGCACGGCGGAAACCAGAGCCACUCAGGGCGCAAUUCCUAAUCCGGGCAAAAGCAAACCAAACGAGUCGGAGCGACGACAGGGCGGCACUUCCUCAUUGGCAUCUUCCUCAUCCUCGGGCAGAGGUAGAGGCUCGUCUUCCUCUGCAGAAGAGGUGCUGGAGUCGAGUCAGGAGGCGCUGCUUGUGACCGAGCGCCGCUACCUGAAGCGCGACUGGUGCAAGACGCAGCCGCUGAAGCAGACACUGCACGAGGAAGGCUGCGUGAGCAUCACCAUCCUCAAUCGCUUCUGCUACGGCCAGUGCAACUCCUUCUACAUCCCGCGCCAUGUGCGCAGAGAGGAAGGAGCUUUCCAGUCGUGUUCGUUCUGCAAGCCCAGGCGCUUCACCACCAUGACCUACACGCUGUCCUGCCCCGACCUUCAGCCGCCCACCCGCAAGAAGCGCGUGCAGCGCGUCAAGCAGUGCCGCUGCAUCUCCAUCGACCUGGACUGACGCGGGACAUCCACAAAUGCUGCUUUUGGGGAAACGUCCUUGAGUCGUUAAGUUCUGAGGACUUCUUUGGAUGAAAAGUACAAAUUAAAAGCACAUUUUCAAGAAAAACAAGGAGAAGCACUGAUAUUGCGCAAUCAGACGAACUCCAGCCAAGCGCACCGUCAUGGACACAACUCCCAUUUCAUCACGCAUUCACAUUUUCCUGAUUGACACUCCAAAUCCCCGCCUCAUGCAAGCAUUAAACAUAUACAGGUAUCCUCACUUUUUCCUCACUUUUGCCAUCUGAUUUUAAAAGGAGCAAACGUGCACAAUACAAGGCGAGACGAAUCCACUGGCAGAACCCACAGCACCACUCUGCAUCAUUCUGGAAACAUUCUGGGACUUUACAGCCUAAUCAUGUAAUUAUAGCUAUUAAUAUGUAAUAAUGUAACAGCCUGGUUUUAUUUUCUUUGGGGUUUUUUUUUGGAGAGUGCUGGAAGGUGUUUUUUCCACCAUGUGGAAAUUAGUGGUGAUCUAAUAAGACGUGUAAAGAAGACUUUUAUUUAAUAUGAUAGAAGGACGCUUGUAUAAUAGCAGGUGUAUUAUAUUGUCCAUUUGUUGUGAAUUUUGUUUUGUGGACAUUUUUAUGUACCAGUUAUUAUAAUAAGACCUGUGUGAGAAUGACAUCAUCUUAAACACUUAGCACAUGAUUUAUUUAAAAUAAAAAAAAUAAAAAGUCUUGCAAAAAGGGUACGGAACUUGUUUAUAAUGUACUUACUGCGGUCCAUUCUGUUUACAAGUCUUUCUACACGACUGUUUAAUGGGAUUGCUGCUUUAUCUUGACUGUAGGCCUGUUGAGUUAAUGUAUUAAUAAAAAGUGAAAUAAAU